AUGGCUAUGUUCCGCUAUUCUGGCGAUAUUGGUUCGCGGCCUCCUAUGGGCACGAAAAGCGACAGACAGGGAAGCGAUCGGGCAGUUUACUGCAAUAUCUGUUUGGAUAGUUGGGACAGUGAAACCGAAGUGGAAAUUCAUCGUAGCACCGCCCAUAAGUCGGAGCUAAUGGACUUGCUACGGGAUUCCAGCAAAAAUGUUUGCAAAAUCUGCGUGAAGCCCAAUGACGACAAGGAUCGACUGGUGGAACACAUCAAGACCUGGCACCUGUACAGCGGUGCGGACGCGGUGCGGGUGGAACGAGAGAUAUUCAUCUGCGACAGCUGCUGCGCUGUGUUCUUCAACAAGCGGCUGCUUCAGGCGCACAUCCUUAUAUCGCAUACUAACGUCAACCGCGAGAAGACCUUCACGGAGUGCCCCAAAUGCCUCAAGCCGUACCGCCUGAAGACCAUCUGGUACCACUUCCAGGGCCACAACAUACAGAGCGUCUCCUGCUGCAAGAUAUGCAUGACCAAGUGCAAGGACCGGCUGGACCUGCUCGCGCACGUGGACGGCCACCUGAAGCAUCUGUUCUGCGACAUAUGCCAGUACCAGAGCAAGAGCGAGGCGUUCUUCGCGAAGCACUUGGCCACUAGGCACAGGCGCGAGCAAACCGCGAGCCGCAGGAGGGCCAGGAAGUGGCAGCCCUACUUUAUGCCGAGAGCGAGCGAUUACAAGGCGCGUUUCCAAUGCGACACCGCCUCAAAGGGCCUGCAGUUGGAGUUGUUCGCGGACGUGGAGCUCAGGGUGUGCGUGCUGUGUCGCGAGAUCUGCAUUGGUGAGGACGAUGCGCUGGCCCAUUUGGAGAACGAGCACGUGGAACGGGAGCAGCCGCAGACGGUGCACACUUGCAUCUGCGGCGAGACCUUCAGCAGCAAGGUACUGCUGAAGUAUCACAUGUUCAAGAAUGACCACUCGAACGAAAGCAACGAUACGGAUGUCGUUUACGCAAUCGUGCUGGUGCCAGAUGAAGUGGAAAUGACAACCUCCGCAACC